GCUUCUUCGUUCUCAGAGCACAAAGUCGCCUCGCAGGGCGGUGUGUAUUGUUCUCCACGGCAACACAGACAAAGACUGCCCGCUGCGACGCGCCCGGCUGCGCAGGGAGGCGGGCCACCGAGGACGACAAGUCCGGGGAGGUUUGCGAGCUGGCCGGAUAUGGAACUCGGCGUGGCGUUGAUUGACUGUUUUGGGCAUGGCUAAACGCCCGAAACUUCUUCCCACUACGCCUCGUAUGCGGACCCCGGAACUCCUCGUAUGCUACGCCUCCCCAGGCUCACCCUUCUCCCGACGCAGCACACACAGUUGAUCCGUCGUCUUUUCUCGCGACUCGUACACGCGACGGGCAUACAAGCAGCACACAAAGUCGCUACACUAGCUACAGCGCACAAGGCACAGGACAAGGGAUGGAGUGGAGGCUGUGAGAGAGGAGGGGCAAGGAUGUGGACGGGUCCAGAUGAUCAGAGCAUCUGUCAACUGACUCCGCCUCCGAAUGCGGUCAUCGCCAUAGCUCCCUUCCCGCGCGCCUCCGUGCCUCGUUCCUCGCAGCCCGUGCACUACGCCUCCCUUCCCCAGCCGAGUGUCCUUCCCCCUUCGGGCAUCCCCCUCCCAUAUAAGGCAACCGUAGUGUUCGCCCGGCCGCCUGCCCUUGCCGUUAUCCGCCAAGCUUCCGCCACGAGUUUCCUUGUCCGCGAUCAAGACCGUUACGUGGAACAUAUGUACCAGGCAGCAACGGGCUCUGUCGCCGCUUCGAGACACAUGUAUCUCGCUGCGGUGGCUGUAGCAGGCCGGACAGCAUGCACACUGCCUAUCCAGUGGUCCAUCACGCCCCCAGGCGCCCAGCGUCCGGGGCAAGCAAUAUAUUGUACACUGCCGCAUACGGUAUGAUUCCGUCACUCUAGCGAACUGCUUCCAAGACACGCAGACACCGGGCGCCGACAGGGAAGAGCGCUACAGAAGUGAU